GACAGUUAAGCUUCUGCAGUCGAGGUGAUACGAUGUGGUCGGAUGUUAUUUAUGUCGCGUUGUUAUUGUUUUGUGUGUUUAUUGGGUUUUAUUAUCGAAAAAUCGAGGAGCCGCAUGUGAAAAAAUGGAUCGGCACAAUUAUUGGUGUUAUAAUAACAGCACUCGUUACUGGAAGGCAUAUUUUUCAUCCUUUAAUCUUUACUUUGAUUAACGCGAUUAUUAUAACCAAGCUUUCACCAAAGAAAUGUCAUCUGGUCAGCUUUUUUUUUUCAUUCUUUUAUCUACUUGUUAUAUCUCGAUUAGGAGAUUAUAUUGGAUUAUCAGUACCAUUAACUCAUACAAACCUCAUACUGAUGAUAUUAACAUUAAAAUUAUCUGGACUAGCCUUUGAAAUAAAUGCAUCUAUUAAUCCACCAGCUGAUGAUUCAGAAGGCAUAAUGUCUGAUGCAUUAAAAAAUGUUAAUAUUCUAGAUGUUUUCCAUUACGGUUUUAGCUAUAUGGGUCUUUUAACUGGACCAUAUUAUCGAUACAGAACAUAUUGGGAUCACAUACAUAAACCAUUCUCUAAAUAUGUAGAUCCAUGGCCUCUCACAUUAUGCAAACUUAAACAAAUUGGAUGCUUUAUUGUAUUAUUUUUUAUAAUGAAUUAUUUAUACCCUACUAAGUAUAUUUUAACAGAAGAAUAUGCAGAACGGUCUUUUCUUUAUAGACAUCUCUAUAUGUAUCCAACAUUUGCGCUUUUUAAACUAAGAAUGUACAUUGGAAUGGGUUUAGCAGAAUGUGGUUGUCAAAUGUCUGGAUUAGGGGCAUAUCCUUCAAAAUGUACCCCUAUACAAGGAUUGGGACCUAAGGAUUAUAAAAGUACUGAGGCACUAUGUAAAACACCUGAGAAAUUAGAAAAUGAAGAAUUGAACUUUGACACUGUAUACAAUAUGAAUGUUUGGAAAUUAGAAAAAUGCCAUUCAUUAAGAACAGCUAUGAAAGCAUGGAAUGGUUGUGUUCAGUAUUGGUUUGGUGUCUAUGUCUAUAAACGAUUUCCAUUGAAAAAUUUACGAAUUAUUGUAACUCUAGCACUUUCUGCUGUUUGGCAUGGAUGGGCACCUGGUUACUUUCUUUGCCUCUGUCAAAUUCCACUUUUCAUGUUAUCUGAUGAUAUAAUUAUGAAAUUUUAUCAUCGUAGCAAAGAAAAUAGUAUUGCCAAAAUUGUGUGGUAUGCACUAGGAUGGUAUGUGAAAACUACUUGUAUGGCAUAUUUAGGCGUGCAAUUUAUAUUAUUAGGUUUUGAAGAUUCUAUGCAUUAUUACAAACUUGUAUAUUUCUCUGGUCACAUCAUAGCAGUCCUACUGUAUGUUAUGGCUCUUUAUUGCAGACCAUAUCUUUUACCAAAAACAACAGAGACUAUGGAUAAGGAUAAAUAAUUUGUGACUUACUUUACAUCACAAAAUUGCAUGUCUGUUUAUAACUUAGAUAUAUAGUAAUAUCUAAAUGGAACGUGAGUUUAUACCACGUUCUACGUAAUUCUACGCAUCAAA